AUGAACUCGAAGCUCGCGCCUGCGAAGAGGAGCGUCAGUCAUCAAGCCAAAGACAAGAUACACCUGCUCGGCACUAUGGCCAACCUCAAUCGAACUAUCAGAAGUUUUAGAAAUGAAGUAAACUCUACAGUGAAUUAUGUCAAAGUUGUCGUUCUGAUACUGAUCCUGUCCUUGCUGUUGGCUGUGGCUGAGAGACCGUCCCUCUCCUACGACGCCCCUGCACCACACACAUCCUCGCCCGUCCAGCAGAUCCCCAUCAUCUGCGACGAGCGAGUCCAUCCUGCCGCUGACGGCACCUACAGCUUUGACGUGGAGACUGGGGAUGGCAUCGUCAGAAACGAGUCUGGCGGUCCAGAUGGCCAAGUCUUCGAUCUCCAGUUCGUCGCCGAUCUUAACGGAUACCAACCUCAGUCGUCCUUCCUGCCCGUCGCCCCUGCAUUCCCCCACCCAAUCCCCACCCACGCCCUCGAACAGAUAGAACGUGGUCGACUUGAACUCGAAGCUCGCGCCCGCGAAGAGCAGCGUCAGUCAUCAAGCCCGGGACAAGAUGCACCUCCUCGUCACUAUGGCCAACCUCAGUAA